AUGACGAGGAAGUUUCUUUUCUGUUUCCCUUUAAGGGUGGGGAAUAUUAUAUUCGGAUAUAUUGUAAUACUGAUAGCAAUAGCGACAGUAGCCUUCCAUUUGUACCAGCUUGGCUUGAACGUGACAAACAACUACUUCGAGAAGGAUGGAAAGUUCCGAAACUUCGAGAAUCUUGAGAGCAUAUUUGGAUCCACAAAGGACUCGCUGGAGAGGAUAAUCGUCCUUACAUAUUACCUCACGUAUAUUACAAUAGGAAUGAUACUCUUCCUAUUUGCUAUUAUGUUCACCGCAGGCGCUUAUAAGGCGAACCACUGUUUAGUGACAACGUUCUUCGUGUACAGUUUCUUCCACCUCUUCUUCUCGGUGAUAUUGAUUAUCUGGGAAGCACUGACUGCCGGCUGGAUACAACUGGGAUUAGUCGCCCUGUUUGACUUGCUCCUCAUAGUUUGCCUGUUCAGCGUCAAAUAUUUGAUGGAAGCAAUCAGAACAGGGAACAUCUACUGUCGGCCAGGAGAAGUUUACUAUAAAUACUAA